GGAGAUAAAAACUUUCACUCAACCAUUUACCUUUAGGAGUAUGGUUACUUGUAACGCAUCUGAAAAGGCUGAAAACAUCACUAUAAAUAUAAAAUACAAUAGCACUGAAAAGGGGAAAUUUAUCAUAUGGGAAGUACCAACAGGUACUCGGAAGGCUACAUGUCAGCAACCUCAAUGUAGCUUUACUAUAGUAAAUAAAGGAGAAGCAGUUUAUAAGAUAGGUGCAUUAUUUAGUCUAGAAAGCCGUUCAGCAACAUUCUUAUUCCCCUUUGCGCUCCAUGUGCCUCGGAGAAAUAUAAUUACUCCAAGUCCAACCACCAUCCCUCUGUUUGAACCAGCUAACUGUGCUGUGAAAUACCAUAACCUUUCGUUCGCAGGCCCUUAUGUAGUGAGACAAUCCAAUGAGCAAAAAUUAUUUCUGGACCCCACAUAUUCUUUAAAGAAGGUACGGGUAAAGGUACAAGCUGAUAUAUCUCAGAUAAAAUCAGAAUGCUUACCUUUUGUUUCACAAAGUCUUAAAGGGUGGAAGGCAUGGUUACAUUCCAGAGCUCACCACUCAAGGAAACAGAGAGAUUUAACAGGAUGGUUUGGAUCUGGACUCGGAGUUUUAAACUCGAUUGAUCAGGAAGUAAUAAUUAAUAAACUGAGCACAGUCACCUCUGAUUUAGGAAGACUAGAGGUACCAUUAAGAUCAUCUUUAAUCACUCUGGCUGGAGCUAAGAAAAUGCUUUCCCACCCAGACAUUAAAAUGUUGCUAAAGAAGGUGAAGGAAGUUUCGAAACGAACAUUAUGGCAAGUCCAGCACAAUACUCUGGAAAUAAAGAAAAUCAUCACAGCCAUCGAGAAUCCAACUGCUGCUCAGUUUUUCAACUUCUUAUUGCAUCCUGUACUAGUGUUGAUUUUUGUAGUCCUACUGCUAACACUUCUCAACAUUUGGUUAUGGUGGAAAGUACGGACUGUUGCUCAACAAGUACAUGUAUUAUGGGCUGUAAACAAAAUUAUGCAAAAGAAUUUGCAAUAGCUUAAAGAAAAGGGGGGAUUGAAUUAAAGAAUAAGGCCAGGAAUGGCUUGAAGGUUUGCUUAUCUAAGGCCAGGAAUGGCUUGAAGGUUUGCUUAUCUAAGUAUGACUUAGCAAAUGACUGACCACAAAGAGGGGCCUACAACCCCUGCAGAGCUACGAUAAGUAACAAGACAGGAAGGCUGGCAUGUAGGCAACAACAGUCGUGAGGCCAGCACAAUGUUAUCUUAUCUCUGACAAAUGGAGAAUUCCAAGAAAGAGAUAGCGUAUGGUAAUGAAUUACUGGAAACUAAUGAAUAUGUUAAAACACCUUACAUGAAUAUGUAUGUAUGUAUGCAUAUAUGUUGUCAAACCAACUCUGUCUGGCACGCACAUUUGGAGGAGCGAUCCCCUGUGCGUCCAGCGCUGCAAUAAAGAAUACCUGCUUAAUAGUCA